AUGUUCCGGAAGCCCAAGAAUAAAAGUGCCAUCCGUCAGAGACAAACCAACGCUGAGGAACCUGAGCAAAAUUCAGCGUCAAUCGAGACGGACAAUGGUGACGCAAAGCCGACGUCCCUAAUGGACGACGAUGAUGACGUGACACCGAUCCGCACCGAACCAAAGAAGGCUUCUCUUUUAAGUUUUGGAGACGAAGAUGAAGAGGAGGGCGAAAUAUUCAAGUUGAAGAAGGACAAGAAAAAGCUGAAAGACGCGCGGCGUAUGAAACGAUUGGAAGAACAAAUAAGAGACGUCCAAAAAGUAGAAAUUAAGGAGGAAAUAGACGAGGAACUGGAGUUCACCGUCAUACCCACGGGACUCCCCGUCAAAGAGGCGGUCUACGAGGCUCGGAAGAGGAGGGAAAAACUGAGGCUGCAAGGCCAUGACGGCUAUAUUCCACUGGAUGAUGAUCAAAAGAUUAGGCAAAAAGGAAUUCGAAAUCGGCUGUUUCGUGAGGAUGAAAACGAUGAUUCUGAUGAGGAUACGGAAAAGUUCUACUCAUCCCGAGCAGAUGCCCUCGAAGAGGACACAAAACGCCGCGAGCAACAGACGCGGUUCCUCGAACAAGAGGAAGCCGAGCGGAAAGAUAGCGAUGAGGAGAUGGAGAGAUGGGAACAACAACAAAUUCUGAAAGCCGUUGGCGCAGCAACGAUCGGUCAAGUGAAGCACGAGUACGAGCUGACCACCCAGUUCUUCCAACGGUCAACUAUCGCGGAGAACAAGGAAAGCCUUAGGAAGUUGGAAUUCGGUGAUGGGGACAAGCAGAGCACCGCAAAGGAGCUGAGCGAGAAGUACAAAAUGUAUCAAGAUAUGAAGCUCUACGUGCGGAGUCUGUUGGACUGUUUGGAUGAGAAGGCUCCGGAGAUCAAUGACCUAAUUGCAAAGCGGCGCGGGAUUGAGAAAGCUCGGUUACAGCGUCUGAUCGCCCGGCGAAGAAAAGACGUCGGUGACUCCUACGAUGAAUGCUCAGCAGCGGCGGCUGGGAAGAAUAUAGCAACUAUUAGAGUUGGGGAGCACGGGAUGAGAGCCGCAGAAAGAGAAGGGCGCCGUGGUCGAAGAAGACGUGAGCGGGAAGGGCAGCUGCAGGGGAUUUCGCAUGAAGACGGCCUCAGCACUGAUGAUGAAGAAACGACCUCAAGAAUCGUGGCUGACAACGAGGGAAAAGCUGAAUUAAAUGCUGCCCUUCAAGUUGUCUUCGUCGACGCCCUCGAUGAAUACAGCAACAUUUCGAAAGUUUUGGAUCGCAUCAUCGAUUGGCUGGUCGUUGACGGAAAAUCUUUCCAAGAUGCCUAUGUCCAUUUGUGUAUUCCGAAGUUGUUGUCUCCCUACGUACGCCUGCAGCUGUGCCAAGCCGAAAUUUUGAAGGACCCUAACUUCCGACUCGAUGACCAGGCCUGGUACACGGACAUUCUGACGGCCGGUGCCUCUUCCGAAAUUGAUCCGCAACAUCCGGUAGUUGUCGGGCUGUUGCCAGCAAUUGUUGAAAAGGUUGUUGUGCCAUACCUCACAGAGCUUGUGGCUGACGAAUGGGACCCGCUGUCUUUCCAGCAGACGCAGAAUUUGACGACCUGCCUCAAUACCAUCAUCCGAGAAUAUCCCACGAUAACUUCUAAAUCAAAGAUGGUGAAUCGACUAGCGAAUGCCAUACAAAAACGGGCCAAAGACUCCGUUUCCGAGGAUAUCUUCAUACCGAUCGACCCAAGCGUCAUUAUAAAAGUCAAAGCUCUGAUCGCCGAGACGCGCAACGAAUGGAUGCCCUAUAUGAAUAUGAAUUCUCGUAAACAAGUAGCGUUGGUGAUUGAACGAUAUGAGCGGAUAGCUCGAGACGAGAUUAACUCCCUGAAGCGACUACAUGUGCAAAUCGUUGAGGGCAAUAAUAGAAAAGAAAAUACGAAUGCGCUACAAGCACAGGCAAAACGUGUCGAAGAUCAACUACUAAAAGGGCUGGCCCAAGUUAUGUCGACCAGGGCUGAACUGGAACCAGAAUCCUGCGAAGAGUUUGACUUGAAGAUUGAGCCCGUACGAUUGCUGAUCCAAAGUGAAGAGGACGAGCCGAACAUUUAUGCCGAAGAAGCCCGCCUUCAAAUGGAGAAGACUAUGAACAAAAAUUCUGAAUUAAAGAUCAAAGCCGAAGAAGCACGACUGAUGGCCGAGGAGUCUGUGCGGUUGGAAGCGGAUGUCCAGGAUUUGAACGAAAUAUUUACGCAACUCCAGACGAUCGUACAUCAACAACACGAUAUGGUUGACUCGAUCGAAGAACAUGUCGAGCAAGCGCGUUCUCAAGUCGAACGCGCAAGGUCGCCAUCGCCAACCUAUGAUAGGAUCUUUUCGGGUGGCCAAAUUGCCAUUGAUGAGGAUUUACACGAUCACGAGGGCAUGACGGAGGAAGAGUUGAAACGAGAAAUGGAAGAACGCGAGAUGCAGGCACAGGCUCAAAUCCUCGAGAUUGUCGGCGAUCUACGCAGCGCCGAUGACGUCCCACCGGAGAAUGUGCUUUUCAAACCGGAAGACCGGUUGAACGCCGUCAACGCUCCCGAUCUCCGAGGAGAGAGCCGCGGCACGAAGAGCGGCGAGAUCGUCGCCGGGUCGACGAACGGGAUCAGAGGCGAGAACGAGACCGCCGUGAACAUAGGCGCGAACGCGAACGCGAAGUCGUCGUCGACCGUUGGGGCGAGGCAAUCAUCGCCGAAGCGCGCACGUCGCGACGCUUCACCGGCGCGUAAAAUCAAAAAGGAGGUUGUCAGCUCGGACGAUGAACGGGACCGUCGGGACAGAAAAGAUAAGAAGAAAGAGAAAAAGCAGCGCCGCUCGAGCUCAGGCAGCCGAAGCCCGUCAAGACAUCGCCGCAGA